CGUCGUCGUCGUCGUCGCCGCAACGACUCCGGUUGAUCGGGGUUGAAGUGGGGGAGGAGGUGGAAGUCGACGACGCUUGAUAGGCGGUAUUCCUGAGGGACGCGAGGGGAGACGGACGCGCGCUCGUACACAUCAUGCCAUGCCAUGCAGCAGCAUUACGGUACGGUGCGGUGCGGUGAGGAGAGGAGCGGAGGCGGUUUUCGUGUAGAGGAAUCAACACGGCCGAGCGAGAAAACGCGAGAACGGAACGGAAACAACACACACUCGCAGUAAACAUGGCGCCGCGCUAGGCCAGCACACAAACACAUUCACACAGUCACACAUUCAAAUUCUAUACAUAUAUUGUAAUAUUAAAGUCGUAGAAAGAAACGAAAAGAAGGUGUGAAAGAAAUCGGGCAACCUAACUUAUUCCAUAAGUGUCUUUUCUUACUCAUAUCACAAUAAUAACCAACGAGAAUCACCGAUGACAACAUCACCGAGUGAAUACGAGGAGGAGCGGAGGGACCGGGAUUGCCGGAAACGCAACCGAAUGCAUGCAUCAGCACCACACACUUCGUAAUCAUCGGUAAUUAUUGGCAAUUAUUGGCAGUGCGAAGAAAGAAUAAUCUGCGAGGAGGAUACCUCUCCUCUCCUGUACACCUCCUCCCCCACAUCCAUACACCUAUCCGGGGUUGUUGAAAACAAAACACUAGAAAGACGCCUCCCACUUGCGUGCGUGUUUUGUUCGUGAAACAAGUGCCAAAUAACGUAACAAACGAGGCAGACGUGAAUGCACCAGCAGCAGCAGAAGCAAACAACAAUAAUAACAAUAGUAGUAGUAUUAGUAAUAGUGGUGCGAGGGCAGGAAAAGAGUAAGGAAGGAACGACGGUAGGGAGGAGUUCCACCGCGAAAAUACUGGAGUAGUGAGUGAGCGAGCGAGCGAAUGAGUGAGUUAAUAAGUGUAAAAGAUAGAAAAAGUAGAGUGCGAGAGAGAGAGAGAGGGAGAGCGCGAAAAGAGGAGAGGAGUUUCGGGCGAUAAUCGGAGAGUGUUGUUGUUCGGGCUCCGAGCAAGCUGCUAGUAGUAGUAGCAUGUCACUUCGCUGUCCCGAGAUCCGUUCGCCGCAGCUGAAGGAAAAGAGGACCAACAUCAGCAGCAGCAGGAUCAGAGUGUGCGUGCGUGAAGCAACAGCAGCAUGUGUGCCAAAGAAGAGGACCAAUCGAUGGGAUUAACAAUUUGAGGAAAAAAAACAACAACCACCACCACGAAACAUAUACAUUUGCAAGAAGAAGAGAAGGUGAAGAGGGAUCACCGAGAGAAAGGAAGGGGUAGCGUUUAUAUUUAAGAGAGAAAAGAUGGACCAGCAGGACAAUUACCUGCACAAGAAGUUCAAGAAGCAGCUCAGCAUCGAGCCGAGGACUAAUCACCACGCAUCGUGCAACAGCAACAAUAACAACAACAACAGCAACCUAAGCAACAAUAACAACAACAACAACAAUGCGGCGAAUGAGGUUGCGUUGCCGCAGCAGGAAGUGGCGGAUGGCGUCGGUGGUGAUGCUAGUAGCAGUGGUGGUGUGCCAACAACGAAAAGUACAAAUAGUGUAACAGUUCUGAGUUACGUAAAGAAGUCUUCCAUAUCGUCGCCGCCGCUGCCCUCGUCGUCGUCGCUGUCUUCAUCGUCCUCGUCAUCAUCGUCUUCGUCGUCAUCUCUUUCGUCACCGCCGUCAUCGACGACGGCGAUCGGUGCGAACGGUGUUGACAACACCAACAAUGUUAUUGUUGAUGUUGGUCAAAUUGAUGUUGGCGAUGGAAAUCAUCCGCAAGACAUAUCGUUAAAAUCACUCAGCCUACAGGAGUCUUCCGCAACAGCAGCAGCAGUACCGUCGACGGCGACGACGAAUUCAACGACGUCGGCAUCGUCAUCGACGGCGGGCGGCAAGUAUGUGUGCACAUACUGUAAUUUGGCCUGCUCGAAGCCGAGCGUCCUGCAGAAACACAUCAGGGCGCACACGAACGAGAGACCGUAUCCGUGCGUGAGUUGCGGCUUCAGCUUCAAGACGCGCUCGAAUCUCUACAAGCAUUGCAGGUCUCGCACGCACGCGAAUCGUCUGCUCGGCAACUAUGGAACCAGACCGUCGCCGGGAAUUGCAGGCGGAGCGAAUCAGGAACAGGAUUCAUCACCGCCGACGAUUACCACCAGCACCAACGACUCGGUCAGUCCAGAGCGUGACCAGCUCAAAGAAGAUAACCACGUCGAGCAGCAGCAGCAACAACAACAACCACCACAACAGCAGCAGCAGCAACAACAACAACAAGUGAAUCAAAUGAAAAGUAAACCGUACAAACCGCGUUUCCACACGCGCGAUAACGGUGAGAACGUUGAAAACGAAGUCGCGAUACCUGCAGCGAAUUCGGAGAUGAUCAUGCACAUCAACGAGAUCAUCGACAAGAACAAUUCGAUUGUGAACAGCGAAUUCGCGAGGCGACGACCUUCAGACGAGGACGUGUCGUCGUCGUCGGCAGCAGCAGCAGCAGCAGCCGAACCUCUGAAUCUGACCAAGAGUCGCAAGAGAUGUCUGAGCGAGGUUUCAGAGCCGUCGACGCAGAAGAGUCUCAUCAAGGAGCUGCUUCUGAAGAAUCUGUACGCGGACACGAACAUGCGUUGUCCGCACUGCAAGAUGAUCUUUCAGACGGUGACGGAGCUCGAGCUGCACAAGAUGCGCAACUGCAAGGGCAUCAUCAAAAGCGGUCCGAGAUACAGCAGGAGCAGUUCGGUGAACGUCGCCUCCAUACUGACUCAAAACAAGAAUGCUUUCGAUAAUAUACCUGCCGUCUUUCCACUGAAAUCGCCCGGACCGUUUCUGGGCAAGACGAGGCUGGUGGAGAGCGACAAGAGCAAAUCGUUCUCCUUCGAGGAGGGCAUCGAAACGAUCCGUUAUUCCUCGUUCUCGUACGACAGCAGAACGAAGCGGCCGCCGGUGAAGAUGUUCGGCGGUGAGGUGAAAAUUACGCAGACGUCCGGCGAGACGAAGAGCUUUAAGAUCGACGGAAAAGAACGUGGCGAAGAGGGCGACUAUCCGGAUUACAAGAUGAGCGAGAACCGCGUCGUCAAAUCGACAUUGCAAUCGGGAGGGACGGUCAUGCAGAACAAAGUUGUAGUCGGCGGGUACGUAAAGCAACACCAUCAACAGCAGCAGAAUGAGCAGCAUCAGCAGGAGGCGACGUCGGCGGAGAGAAUAGAUUCGUCGUCGUCGGCCGAGUGCGUGACAGCGGUCGAGCAUCAUCAUCAUCAGAGAGUCGACAAAGAUCCUCCGGACCGCAUAAUCGUUAGAGACUUGUCGAACGGUGCUGCCACCAAGUAUCCUAAUAUUCUCGAUUUUAGUCAAAACGCGGUGAAGCUGUUGGCGCCCAAUCUGCGUCAGCUGAACCUCUCGAUACCGCUCUCGUCUUCGUCCAGACCAAUUAUCACGACGCCCACGCCGAAUCAUCUGCUGACCAUUUGCGAAUCGCCUCAGACUACGACGUCGACGCUUUUGGGAAGGAUCGCUAUCAGGAAGGAAAUCAUUGCUUCACCACAGCAGAUGCAGCAGCAGCAGCAACAACAACAACAUAACGGAAACAUCCUAAAUCCGUUGAAUCUUUUGGUGAACGGAAAGGUGGUGCGAUACGUGCCCGGAAUGCCUGGACCUGUCGUCGCCGAACCGCCGGUCAAAUUGGAGAAACCUCCUCCUCUACCUCCGAUCAUAACGAUCACGACGGACACGUCGCCUCCGUCACCGCCGUUGCCGCCGCCAAAGCAGCAGCAGCAGCAACAGAAGAUGUCGCCACUGAUGAAGCUACAGCCGUCUUCUUCUUCGCCGGAGAAGAAAAAGUUUGCACGGCCCAACAGUCUGGCGCUGAAGCCGAGUAUGAGCGCACUGAAGCAGCAUCACGGUCUCACCCCGACGAUGUUCAAUCAGAUCCUCAUCAGUCCGGACACGCCGCGCGGCGCCAAAAAGUACAACGAGCACUUUUUGCACGGCAACUACUUCAGCUAUUUGGGCCUGAAGAGUUCCACGAAACCGGUCUACUGUACACUCAACAAGACGCAACCUUUUUACGUGCCACACUUUAAGAAGUUGAGCAUGUACUCUGAGUGGCGGCAGCAGGACAACAAAGCUGACAAGAUGUACUCGACGGCGUACGAUUCGAGGCAACAUAAUCAGAAGUACACGACAGCAGGAAAGGAUAUCGCCGAUUACAUAGUUCACUCCAGUUAUAAGUUCAGCGUCAGCGAAAACAGUGGCGACAAGGAGGACGAAAACGGAAAAUCAAACUCGAUAUUCGGAGGCUACGAGUCCAACGAGGAUUACACGUACAUCAGAGGUAGAGGUCGAGGUCGAUACGUUUGCGAUCAGUGCGGGAUUCGUUGCAAGAAGCCGUCCAUGCUUAAGAAACACAUCAGGACCCAUUCUAAUGACAGGCCGUAUACUUGCAGGCACUGCAAUUUCAGCUUCAAAACCAAGGGGAAUCUGACCAAACACAUGAAGAGCAAAGCGCACACCAAGAACUACGCGGCCAGCUCCAGUUCCCCAGGUGCGGCGGCAGCGGCCGCCCUGCACGCCGGAUAUCAACCGUCCUCCGAUUCGGAUACGGACGACAGCGGAAUGGACAGUAGCGAUGAAUCGUCGACCAGACAGGAGGAACACGAGGCCGCUUACGGGUUGCUGUCGCUUUCGCAGAAGUCUCCAAACUCGUCUUCUCCGAGUCACUACAACCACAACAAUGCACAUUCGGAUCAUUUCAUGAAUGCCGAUCAGCUGGUGCACGUGUCGAAGACGAACUUCGCAAAGAACGUGAUCCUGGACCAGCAGAGGAGCAAUCGUACAUUGGGCAUCAUCAACUCGACGAUCACAACGGCGAACAUUUACACUACAACCACCACCACCGCCGCCACAUGUACUACCUCCUCAAGCGCGCUCCUAAGCAGCACCGGUUGCGAUGAAGAACCCGAAUACACUCAAUAUCUGGGCAAAUCGAAUCCGAACAGGCCGCUCACCUAUCCUUACAAUACGACGACGUCUUUGUCGGCGGGGACGGCGAUGUCCAUCGAACCGCCGGUGCUGCCACCGAUGCCUCCGCUACGUGACGGAUCUCCGCAGCGAUUUGAGGUGGAGGAAGAGCCGAGGAGGAGUCCGGAGAAGCAGCCAAAGAACAUCACCAACUUUAACGUGAUCAAGAGGUACAGCCCGCAGCAACCGACGUCGCCCGUCUUCCGCGCAGGAGGAAAGUCGUUGAUGCUGCAAGACGAGGAGAUGGUGGACGAGAAGGACAGGAAAAGAAAACGGGAACCACCGUCGCCUCAUGCGGUCGCCGCCUACAAGCUGCACAAGAAUGUCAACGAGAGCGUGGAAAAGAAGGAUGAGGAUGAGGAGGAGGAGGAGGUGGUCGUAAUAGAUCUGUCGAGGAGGCAGAACGGCGCAUAUCCAACUUUGAAUCACCAAAGCAAGGAACGUCCAGCUCGGACGCCAACGCCUCUUACACCCACGCAUCACCAACACCAUCAACAGCAGCAGCAGCAGCACCAACAACCCAUGCAGCUGGUAGGCAAUCAGCACAUUUUGGAGCAGCAGCAGCAUCAGCAGCAAACGACACCAGUGUUCAGGAAUAAUGGUCUGCUGAUGGAGCAUCGAGUCAACUACUAUUGCCAAGAUCGUCCGCCCAUCAUAAACGCGGCGCAAGUGGAGAACGCCGUAUCGGUGGCCACCAGAAAGAUGUAUUACGACAACAGUGCCAUGGAGACUCUCGCCGAUGUGGCGACGAAGCAGGAGAAACUCGAGAAGAACUCGAUGGCGAAGAACGUCGCCUCCGAAUUUCUAAAGUUGGCCACACAGAACGAGCAAAAUGCGAACGGCGGUGGAGGAGUAGGAGGAGGCGGCUGCGGUCCGAGCACGACGUCGACACUAGGUGGUGCUUGCAGCACGCCCUGCGGAAGCGCCGUCGCCUCCUGCAGUUCCAAUACUGGCGUUAGCGGUGGCGGCACCUCCGACGAUAAAGCAUUCCUCGCAAACUCGGAUCUGGUGAAAAGUUCCGAAGAGAACAAGAGUUGCACCAUUUGCUCGAAGAAUUUCAGCAAACCGUCGCAACUUCGAUUACACAUGAACAUUCACUAUCUGGAGAGGCCGUACAGAUGCGAAACCUGUUCGGUGAGCUUCCGCACGAAGGGGCACCUGCAGAAGCACGAGAGGAGCGCAAUGCACUGCAACAAGCUGUCCUCUUCGCCGGCGACGUCAUCGUCUGAGCCGCGACCGUUCAAGUGCGCCGACUGCAACAUCGCUUUCCGCAUCCACGGUCAUUUGGCGAAGCAUCUCCGCUCCAAGAUGCACAUCAUGAAGCUUGAAUGUUUGGCCAAAAUUCCGUUCGGAUUGUACGCGGAGCUAGAACGAUCCAACAGUCUGCUCACCGAAAUCAACACCGCGGACGGCGACCAGUGUCUCGACAGCCUUAAGCUGUUGGCCAAAAGGGUAUUCCUCAACGAUCCAAGCAAGCAGUCGCAUUUCGAAGAUGAUAAAUCGGAAGUCAUGGAAACAACGGACACGGAGAGUUAGCGACGAUUGCAUUUGUUGCCUAGGUUAUACAGGGGUCGAGGACGACGUCUGCAACACCGUCGUUAUCGCAACCACCACCACCACCAGAAACAACAACAACAACAACAUACACACACAUACCCUGAAGACUGAUUUAAAACAAUUUUUAUUAUACUACUACUAGUAAUAGUUAGGACAAGAAAUAUAUAUAUAUAUAUAUGAAUAUGUAUUUGAGAGAGAGAGAGGGAGAGAGAAGAGACGAGUUGGACAUUAUUUUGUUGUUGCGAACAAAAACGAUACUUUGAGGGAGCAGACUUAACGAUAGGAAAUUUUAAUGAAAGAUGAAAAAAAAUUAAGUAUAUAUAUAUAUA